ACUACGGUGCGAGAUCGUAGAAGUGGAGUGCCGCUCCGCAAACGUGUUGCGACACAAGAAGGUUGGCCUGACGGGAAGUAGGAGGUCCUACCGUGGAACUGCUGGCACAAGACGAGCGACAAAUGGUAGCUAAAAAAUAUUCAACGUGCUUCGACUGUUGUUGCGUUUUAGCAUAAAAAGAUGUAAUCUAGCAAAGACCAUACCGGAACUACAUUUGACGCUAUUUGAGCCGUCAUCAUGGUGUCUGCCAGGGGACUCCAGCUGUUAUCACUAGCCUGCCUUGUCUCUCUUCUCCCCACCAGAGCUGAAGAUGACAACCAUUUGGUGAUAGCUCCACAGUCUCCAGUGCUUGAGAUUGGGACUAACUUCACGGCUACAUGCUUGAUCAUCAACACAGCUGAAGUCACAGCAGAUGAUCUCUACUGGAAUCUGUCAAAAACUACUGUGUCCAAAGAACAGUACAUCAAGAUCAACAGCACAGCCCUUAAUGUCACUAUCCCCAUCACAACAGAGAAACCUGAAUGGUUAUUUUGCCUCUGCAAGAGAGUGUCACCUCAUGUUGUCCUGAACUAUGGCAAAUUUAUUCACGGGAUUUUUCUUGUGAAAGGCUAUCGUCCAGAGAAGCCUGUGAAUCUGUCGUGUAAGGCGGUUCAGGAGGAUACAUACAUCUCUCCAGUCAUCAGCUGUAAAUGGGAAGCAGAAGGACGUCAUACAGCAGAAGUCCCUAUAAAAUACACAUUGUUUGUCAAACAGCCCAUGACUGGCGAAAUCACCAAGGCAUUUACAUCUGCAAAGAGUGCCGAAGUGCAUCUGAAUGUUUUCCCCAAUUUUAUGCCACUGGAGAUCUGGGUGGAGGCAGAAAAUCAACUGGGAACAGUGGAGUCUGAGCACCUGAUGAAUGAAGCUAACAGCUUUGUGGAAACAAACCCUCCAUCUGGUGUCCAAGCACUUUCAGAGAAGAGUUUUCCCACCUGCCUUCUCAUACACUGGACUCAUCCGAUUCAUAUGACAUAUUUGAGAUUGACAUAUCAAAUCAGAUACUGCCAACUUGGAUCACACGUGUGGACUUACGUUCCGCUUGCAGACACUGACAAGUAUAUAGAGUCCUUCAGACUUCAGAACCUUCGACCAGACACAGAAUAUGUCAUUCAGGUAUGCUGCAAAAAUUCUCGAAAGGGUCACGGUUAUUGGAGCAACUGGAGUACCAAUGCUACCGAGAAAACACCGGAGGACCGACCAGGAAGUAAACCAGAUUUAUGGAUAAUCGUUGCUGAUGAUGGCAUGAAUGGACGAGAAGUGCAGUUUAUUUCUAAGGAUCCUGAGCUUGCCAAUGGGAGGAUAACAAGAUUUGACAUAAUGAUUCAAAACCAGGAUUCAAAGGAUAAAGUCAAGAAUGGAAGUCGGGAAUGGGAACAUAUUUCUGUCAACAAGUCCGAGAGGAUUACUUUACUUAAAAAGAUUCCCUUGACUGACAACAAGUCUGUUAAAGUGCACGUCACCGCCAUUAAUUCUGUGGGGAAAUCUCAGAAGGCAUUGUUGGUCAUCCCUGCAAACGCCAAUGAGUUUGCCCCGGUGGAAGAGCUGAUGGUGCGGCCACAUGAGGGUCAACUGUCGCUGGAAUGGAAACCCCCCAACAAUAGAAAUGUGUCAGAAUAUGUGGUGGACUGGGUCAGUGAUAAUCAGUUAGACUGGCAGAGGGAAAGUGGAAACACCACACACACUUUCAUUAAAGCGGACCUGAAAAAGUUUUUUCGCUACAAAGUGUCUGUGUGGCCUAUAUACUCUGGUCGGAUUGGGAAGCCAGCACAUGCAGAAGCCUUUCUGGAACAAGCAGCUCCGGAACGUGGCCCUCCUGUCAGGCUGAGUGGCAGCCCAGGGCGUAAUGACGCUAAGCUGAUAUGGGAAGAGAUUCCCCAGCAUCAACGACGAGGCUUUAUCACAAACUACACAAUAUUCUACACAAGUGGGGGUGAAACACAUGUAAUCACAGUGCCAGCUAACACCACCUCAUACACUCUGACAUCACUGUCAGCCAACACCAAGUAUGACACUUUCAUCAGCGCUUCAACCAUCCGAGGCUCAACCAAUGGCACUAACCACUCUUUCAUCACACUGAAAUAUGCACCAGGAGAGAUCGAGGGCAUUGUGGUAGGAGUGAGCCUUGGCUUUCUGUUUGUUGUUCUCAUGGCGAUGCUGAUCUGUAUCUACAAAAAAGACCUGAUCAAGAAGAACUUUUGGCCUGAGAUUCCAAACCCUGGAGAAAGCACGAUUGGAAACUGGUCUCCUGAUUAUCCUUUGAAAGCAGAAACACCAAAGGAAAACUGUCUAUCUGGCAUAAGUGUACUUAAUAUGGAUAUUUGUGAUGGGAAGUGUGUAAUUGAGGACGACAAAGCCAGUCUGCCUCUGAAGAAGGACAAGUAUCUGUCUGAGGAGCACAGCAGUGGUAUUGGUGGUUCCUCCUGCAUGUCCUCACCUCGCCAGAGCGUGUCUGACAGUGACGAGGGCGGCGACAUGGCUGACACCACGUCCAGCACCAUCCAGUACUCCUCUGUGGUGGCCUCCAGCGGUUACAAGGGUCAGACCCCUAGCUCUCACCCCCAGCAGUCCAUUUUUUCAAGGUCUGAGUCGACGCAGCCGCUGUUGGAUUCUGAGGAAAGCGCAGACAUGUUGGUGCAGGACGGCAGCAGACAGUUCCAGCAUUUCUCCAGACAGCCCUGCUUUACGCACAAUACAGGGAACAGAGACACCACCGACUCUGAUGACUUCAACCAGCUGGAGGUGGAGCAGCAGGAGAACUCUCUGGACUUCUGUCCCCUGGAAGAGGUCACUGAGCAGACCACACCUACAGAUGAACUGUCAGCUGACUGGCUGUCAACAGCACCAGUCUCCAGCUAUAUGCCUCAGCUGGGUGGCUACAGGCCCCAGUAGGAACACAGACAGACCUGACUCAUGCAUCACCUGCAGUGGCACGUAAAAGCUUGGGUGCGCAUGAUCAACAUUUCUGUCACUGUAAAUGGCUAAGUGAAUAAAAGUGGACUUGAUUUCCAAAAAGAAAUGACACGGAAGAAGAGAUAUUUCAUUCAUGCUUUUAAGCAAGUUUGCAUCUAUUAAAGUUUUUUAAAAAAAAGCAUAACAACAAGAGGGCCUGAAGCAAAACUUUGGGCACCCUGCACAGUCAGAACUUAGUAACACCCUCAUUAUCAAGUAUCACAACUUUAUGCCUUUUAUAAAUCAGUUUAUCUUCUACUCACUUAACUAUUAACAGGAACAGAAAUUUUAACCAAACUUCUGCAUGCCACUGUACAUAAACGGUUCGGUGCAUAUGUUAAUGUCGUGCUUUGAUUUCAAGCGUUUUAGGCUCUAAAGAAGACUGUUGCAAUAUAUCUUUUGCACUUAACCAAGUAUACAUAAUCUGGGAUGAUUUACUCUGUAAAGUUAGUGUGACUUAGAGCUUGUACCAGUAGUUUGCUAGCUGUGCACUCGUGGAAACAUUUCACAGCCAUAUCUUUAUUUUUAAAAUGAUGCCCAAAACAUAUUCGACACGUGGCAACUGUUAUUUUAAUUUUAAAAUAGAACAGUCGGCUGAAGUUUUAUACAUGAGUUGGAGUGAAUGGCGCUACUGCAGUGGACUUUCGGAUGAUGUCUUCAGUUUGUGCUUCUUUUUCUGUUUCAACAUUCUCUUGCUGUAGUGCUGUAGUGCCCUCUUGUGGAGGACUGUCAACUCUGCAGGAAAGUUACAAUUUGUUACCUGGGAAUUGUCAUUUAACCUAAGAAAAUGUAUCCUUAGUGCAACUGUAUGUACUGCACAUGAAUUUAAUCAAGUAACACAAGUUCAUCCUGACAUGUGCUGCUACUGACAUGCCAAUGCAUGUUUGCUACCCUUGAAUUAGAAAACGGGAGAAACAUGACGUGUUCUCAGUGUAUCACAAGGUCACUCGGCAAUUUCACUGCGCUAUGUUUGGAUGUGAAGUCAGUAUUUUAAUUUAUGGAAGUCAGCAAAAGUCUUACCAUCAACAGUGAAAGACUGGGUUGCUUUUCAGUAUCUCUACAACGCUCCCUGUAAAUGCUACACUUGGACCCCAGUCUGUGUCGGCGCAAGCAUUACAUCUUCAUUCCUUCUCAUCCUACAGUGUUCAGAUACAAUGUUGAAUAUACUGACAUGCUAAACAACUGUGCUUUUCACUUUAAUAAACCUCUGAUCACAGUCACUGACGGUAACAUGGAGAUAAUAUGUCCCUGUUAAGUAAGGCGGAUUCUCGACAGUUAAGUCCAGAUGACCUGGGAAUGUGAUUACACAUGCUCUGAUCUCAACAGCAAAUAAUGGCUUGCUGUGUUCUUCUGGACAGAGGCAUUCAUUUGCCAGCAGAGAAGCUGAGCAUGAAACGUGAUGAAGUGUCAUGUUCCAUGAAUUCGAUUUAACUUGGUUAAGUUUUAUUGAAAUAUUCCCAAUUUAGAACAUGCAUCCUCACAAGGCACUUCAUGUAUAAGCUUGCAAAUUAUAUUUUAGAGAGAAUCCCAACAAAUCCAGAGAUUCCCUUUGAGCAAGCGUCUUGGUGACACGAGCAGACUGAAUGACGGACUAACUAUUUCAGAGCACCAGUUCCUGUGUGGCCAGCAAAGGUUGAAAGGUUUGUCUGUCAGAAUGUAGUAUAUGACUAACAGAAAAUAUAUAAUACAUGUUUUAAUGAAUGUGUUGAUGUCCAUGACUGUAUUUCAGCCUGUGUGUUUGUUUUAUACCCACCAAACAGUAUGGGAAAUGGUUUCGAGAAGAGCAGAUGCAAAUUUAGGCAUAAAUUUAGACAUCUCAUGGUCAUGCUUGGUGAAAUCUCUGAAAUGUUAUCAGGCGUGACUGUUUUUAUUUCUGAUGUGUGGAACUUUUCAAAUGUAUUCUGUGUGUUGGACAGAUGCGAAUGUAAAUAUUGUUUGUAGGAGCAUGUCACUAAUGGUUAAAAAAAAAAAUCUGUUUCAAACUGAUAGUAUCUCAUAGAUAUUAUAUAGCACGUAUUAAUUCCUG